GUGCUCUAAUCACCAGCCCUGCUAACUCAGCUGAGAUGGAAGUGUCCACCCUCUGCAAAACUUUUAAGCCUACUCCUGGUCUCAAUCAAGAGUCUUUGGACCCUAAGAUUAUCAUUGCCUUAUUUGAAAUUGGAUCACUUCCCCCCGUCUCCUGGGGUUCUUUCCCUUCCCUAAACAAUAGUGGCCAUCAAGCGGCUCAACAGCAGACCACACAGAAGUUUGAAACUCUCUUAAAAGAAAUUAAAGAUACUAUUAAAAACGUGGCAAGUUGUGAAGAGAAGAUUACAGAAGCAAACAAUUCUUUUGAGGAAACCAGUAUUUCUGAGGAUGUUUCACAACUUAAAGACAAAAUCAGAAAACUUGAGAAGAUAAAUAAAGUGUUAUUGAACAACCUGCUUGGUAGUUCAGACCUAGAGAAAGAACAGAAUGCAAAAAAUGAGGAGAUGAUAUCAGAAAACCAGAACUUCAGAGACACAGUACCUGUUUUUAGAAGGGAUUCGGUAAAUUGUUCAGAAGAAAAUAGAGCCCUUAAGGAAACUCAACUAAGUAAGGAAAAAGCAAACUACAGAGUCCCUCCUGUUCAAGAAGAAAACAUCAAACUUAGGAACAACAUGGAGCAGUUACUGCAGGAAGCAGAACACUGGAAUGUGCAACACACUGAGCUCAGUGAACUGAUAAGAUCCUAUCAGAAAUCUCAGAAGGAUAUACAAGAAACUCUUACAGAAAAUGGAGAACAAUUCCAAACUCAACCAAAUCACGAGGUGUCAGUUAAGCAUGAACUGGAGGAACAAGUGAAGAAACUGGAACGUGACACGUAUUCAUUGCACUUGAUUGCAGCUUUGCUGGAAAAUGAAUGUCAAAUCUUACAGCAGAUAAUAGAGCUUCUCAAGGAACUCCAUGAUCAGAAAGAGGGAACUCUGCAAGAGAAGCCAAUUCAGAUAAUCUCAGAACAGGACAAGAAAAAACAGACGCUAUCGGAAGCAGAGCAUAAGCCAAAAAUGCAAGAAAGAGAGGGUACGUUUCAGAAAAAAACCAAAUUCUACAGAGGCCUGGAUGCUUCUAGUAAGAAAGCAUUUAAUAACCGCUUCAAUACUCAUAUUGCAAGAGGAGAGCUUGUGGAAAAAAAGAGACCAGCCAGCAGCCUAGUUUGGAAAAUACCAAAAGUAGAAGAAAAGGCAAUUCUUCAAAAACUGUAAUACAUCAACUCCAGGCAUAUUCAAUCAUCAAACCUAUGACAGAU